AUGAAGUUCUUCACCUCCCUCCUGGCCGUCGCCAGCUGCGUCGCGCCUCUUUGCGCCGCUCUUCCCCAGGCCAGACAGACCAGCUGGCCCAAUGGCCCGCUUGUGACGGACGGUCGCUGGGCGGUAGAUGCCGCUGGCAACCACAUCCAGUUCGCUGGCACCAACUGGCCCGGCCAUGGCGAGGUCAUGGUCCCGGAAGGCCUGCAGUUCCUCUCUGUCGAGGGCGUCGUGUCCAAGAUCAAGAGCAUUGGCAUGAACGCCAUCCGUCUGACCUACGCCAUUGAGCUCGUCGACCAGAUCUACGCCAACGAUGGCAAGGACAUUGACAUCAAGACCGCCUUCAUCAACGGUCUCGGUGAGACCAACGGUACUGCCGUCCUCGCUCAGGUCCUGGCCAACAACCCUUCUUUCACGGAGGCGACCACCCGUCUCGAGGUGUACGAUGCCAUUGCUGCCGAGUGUGCCAAGCAGGAAGUCUACAUCCUCCUCGAUAACCACAUGUCCACCGGCAAGUGGUGCUGCUCUGGAAACGACGGCAACACUUGGUGGGGAGACCGCGAGUUCGAUGCCGCCAAGUGGGUGCGCGGCUUGACCUACAUGGCCAAUCAUGGAAAAUCAUGGACUGCCCUUGUCGCCAUGUCUCUCCGCAACGAGCUUCGCGAGGCCACAGAUAACGCCGAGCUGGUGGCUGCUUCGUACAACUGGCAGGAUUGGUACAAGUACAUCCAGGACGGCACCAACGCCAUCAACGGCGCCAAUCCUGGCCUUCUUAUCUUCCUCUCGGGUCUCAACUACGACACGACUGUGGCACCCGUCUUCCGUGGCACGGCAUUGACGCCCGGUAACGGCACGUUCCAGCUCUCUGACUUCGAGGGCUACGCCGACAAGCUUGUUCUCGAGAUCCACAACUACGAGGGCUCUAUCGGUAGCUGUGUGAGCUUGAGCAACAACCUGUACACCAAGGGCUUCCAGGCCAUGAAUGCAUCGGACCCUGUGACAGUCAAUGUCUUCCCCGUGGCGCUGACCGAGUUUGGCUUCAACAUGAACGACAACACAUACCUCAACACCUACUCGACAUGCCUGGCAUCGUACUUGCCCCAGAUCCAGGGCAGCUUCUUCAUCUGGGUUCUUGUUGGUAGCUACUACAUCCGCCAGGGAACGCAGAACUUUGAGGAGUCGUGGGGUCUGUUGAACGCGGACUGGUCUGAGUGGAGGAACCCCAACUAUGUUGAGCAGCAGCUGAAGCCCAUGGUUGCCGGUGUGAUUGGAUAG